AUGGGUUUCCUUAAAACGUUGAUAUCGACGUCGAUUGGAGGACCAACCAAGAUGGUUCUAGUGGUUAGAUCGGAUCUAGGAUUAGGGAAAGGAAAAAUAGCCUCUCAGUGUGCUCAUGCAGCUGUGAUGAGUUACAUGAAAUCAGCUUCGGUCAGCAAAGAUAAACUUGAAUUAUGGCUCGCUCAAGGACAACCGAAGAUUGUGGCAAAAAUAGAUAAUCUUCAGGAAAUGAAGCAAAUUGCCGCUCACGCCCGUGAGAAGAGCGUGGUGGCUGAGAUCGUCAAGGAUGCUGGCAAAACCCAGGUCGGAUGUGGCACCGAAACUGUGCUUGCUCUCGGACCGGAUUCGAGUGAAGUAAUUGAUGCAUUGACAGGGCACCUGAAAUUGUUAUAGCCUAGUCAUAAGUUGCGUUUCCUAAAAUAAAUUGAUUGU